CUUUUAUUUCCUUCACUUUCUAAGACUAUUUAGCUUCUCUAACAUAACCACUUCAUACACUAAAACUACCAAAGAUAUAAUGCCCCAUUCUUGACCCUUUUUGCCAUUUACUGUAGCUCUCAAGAGACAAGAUCACCUUUUCAUAUGCAAAUUUCCCCUCCCUAUCUUACUGGCCCAAGAACUGAUGUACUGCAUGAAUCGUUUCGUAAUGAGUCAGUGUUUACUUAGUGUUUAAUGUUUUUCUCGAUUUAUGUUUGAAGCACGGCAAAUGGUAAGGAAUUCCUGAUGUCACUGUAUUGAAGGUUGUUCAUUUUUGAAAGUGUAUACCGACUUUGGCUUACUUCACUGAGGGUACAAAGAGUUUGAAUAUAAAAAGAGCUAUUGGAAAACCUUUCUGGGGUAAAAGAUUACGAACACGCAUGCAAUAGUAAAACCGAUGUGAACAGAGCUUUUCAGUCUUUUCAACUGAUCGUCUGAUGUUGGGCAAUAUUGGUCUGCUGAGAGGUCCGGCCGAGCACGUAUGAUAAGUAACGUAUAUCACAAGGAAAGACGGUGUAAAUAGAUCGAGAACUGAAAGUGAUAGAUACCAAGUUUAACAUCAAGAAACAAAGGCUGACUAGUAUACUUCUGUUGGAUGAGAAGUCAUUUCAACAGCUGAGUGUAAAUCUAGAUAUAAAGACAUUCUUGAUAGGAUUCCAACAAAAGGACUGGUUGGUAUGGUACGAAUUUGGUGAGCAUAUUUUGGCCACUUUUUACAGCAAACUUCUCGGCGGAUACAGAAAACUGACUAGAAACGAGUUAGAAAACGUAUCCGCUUUCAUUUCAGGUGUUGGAAUUUUUAUAUCCUUCCUUUUAAAAAAAAUCAUUUGAGACAACAGUAUUACCCAUGACGCAAACGUUGCUCAUUAAUUGAAAUAUAUAUAACUCUUUGAAUAAUAUUUAAAAAAACCAUAUUUGGUAAAAGCAUCUUCAAUUGCAAGGUUCGGUCAAGCAUUUUCCAUCAUGAAUGCGCAUCCCUCUCGACAGCCUUUGAUUCGAAUCAGCAAAACAGGCGAGAUGAGGCUGAGAAAUAAAAUAGGAGAUGCCAUAUUAAAGGAUAAUGCUCAUGAAGAAAGGGCACUUGAUUCGCAACUCGUUUUCAUCAAGAAACACCAAACAAGACAAGAUAAAUACCUGACUUAUAGACAGAUAGAUUUUGCCUGUAAGCAAGUUGCAGCAUCGGAGGAAAGACCAAAGACUAUUUCUACAGAUUUGGCGCGAAAUUAUAGUGUUCUGCCUCAGAUUCAAUCUAUGAAUUUGAAAAAUAGUUUUAGUAGAGAAAGACCUUGUACAAUGACCACAAAGAGGAGUAAUUUAGACUUGGAAAGGAGUCAAAAUUCUGGUGAUUUCAAACCACAACGAACAGGGAAAGAAUCUUGGGAAAAGGCAAUGGCGUUGAUAAGACUUUCUUUACAAAACAGACGCACUCACGAUGCUCCCCGUCAACAAAAUCCAACAUUUUUUACACAACAAAUGCAAUUGGAAAAACGAAAGGAAGGAAAAGGCAAAAAGGUGAAGGAAAAAAUGGAUGGUACGAGCAAGACGUUGCCACCGUUGCCUCAAUCACGUGAUGGUUAGCGCAGUCGUCAUCGUAGAGGAAGGCUGUUGUCAAGGAAACCAUCUUUCCCUGAAAUGAUCAAAUUGUCUCGAGAAAAAUCCAUGUCGGGACUACAUGACCCGAGGUUUUUGGAACUCGAAUCAUGUCUUGGAGGAGGAAGAAAAAAAAUUAUUAGAAAGGGAACUUCAAGUGAUGAUAACCCCCGCAAACUUAAAACUAAUAAUUUUAGACAACGUAAUGUGACUACUU